CCAUCGGAAGACUUUGUGAAAAAUGUGAUGGCAAAUGCGUGAUCUGCGACUCCUAUGUGCGGCCCUGCACUCUGGUGCGCAUAUGUGAUGAGUGUAACUACGGCUCGUACCAAGGGCGCUGCGUGAUCUGCGGGGGUCCAGGAGUGUCCGAUGCCUACUACUGCAAGGAGUGCACCAUCCAGGAAAAAGAUAGAGACGGUUGCCCUAAGAUCGUCAACCUGGGCAGUUCCAAGACGGAUCUCUUCUACGAAAGGAAAAAGUAUGGCUUCAAGAAGAGGUGAUCCUAUCUGUACGUGACUACACCUCCUGUCGGGUUGGCAAGAGGGUCUUGGAACAUCUCUGGACUUUGCUAUUAUUGAAAAACAAUUGAUUAUUUUUUUCUAAAGCAGUACAAAAUCAGUAUAUACUUGGGGUUGGAGGAGUUACAGUCUGAGUGAGGACUGAAACCUGAUCAGAACUGGCUAUCAGAA